AAUUGAUCCAAUGCAGCCCAUUCAGAGCUGCCUAAUGCCCAAGGAACAUACUGGAGUUCUAGGACUCCACAAACCACCAGUCCCAGACCUGCUUGGAAACCCUUGCAAAGUGCCCGCAUCCUCAAACUGCCAUAUAGUCAUGACUGGAAACCCACCAGUUUCGGGACAGACUGCACUGCAGACGAGCCCAGCCAUUCAGGAGAGAACCAGACCAGACUCCAACUGCAUCAGUCGACCCAGGCCUACAGCACUGGGCACCAAGGCAUCAAUCAAAGUCUCCAGACCCACUGAGUCUCCACUGCAGAUUAAAGCUACAGGAACACCCAACUUCCUGUCACACUCACCAACCGAAUCACCAUUGCCUUAUUGCAGCCCCCAAAACCCACUGAGCCCCACUUCUCAUCUUGGUUUCAACCCCCCAGCCAUUUCCCCGACUCUUCCAAGCCCUCCAUCACAGCCCAUCCGUGCUAACACACACAAUAACCUAAUCGCCAGACCUAUCCCAAACCCCAGCCCCCCGUCUAACCCCCUUCCUCAACUGAUUCCAAGUCCAGAAACUACUACUGACAAGAAGUUGAACAAGACCAUUAGUGAAGAGGGUGAUUUCAGAGUUCAUAUUGUCACAUGGAAUGUAGGCUCUGGUAUACCACCUGAUGACAUCACUUCCUUGUUUGGACCCGGUGUUGAAAAUAGGAGCACUGACAUGGUCGUUGUUGGACUGCAGGAAGUAAACUCUAUGAUAAACAAGCGGCUCAAAGAUGCUCUCUUCACAGACCAGUGGAGUGAGCUCUGCAUGGACACACUCAGUCGUUUUGGAUAUGUGUUGGAUACUUUCAAAGUAUACUCCAUUGAAUAG